UUGUUUUGACAUUUGCCGAAUUUAAUUUUCAAAUUUAAAAAUUAAAACCGAAUCUAAAGAAAUUUCUAAUUCUAAUAAUUUAUAAAACAAACAAAAUGAAUACAACACAGAAAUCUGAAUUAAUUGAUGAAAUGAUUGAUGAACUCGAACGAGCUCGUAUAACAAAACAAAAGCAAAUUGGAUAUAUUUCGGAUAUCUAUGAGAAAUCCAACCACAUCCUCCUGCAGAUUGAAGCCUCUCAAAAAGCCAAAUCUGCUCCUGCAAAUGCCACUGGUGCUCGCUUUAAAUAUCGCAAGGAAACAUUGCAUGCUUUGGCCAAGACAAUAGAAACGUUUGACCGUGUACUGAAUCGGGAUUUGCAAACUCCAAUUCAGCCACCGGGAGUUGACUUCGAGACAUACAUCACAACAACCCGUGCUAAGAUCGACUUUCUCGCCAGUGGGCUGCGCAAGCUGUUGGCUCUGAAUGACUCGGUCAACCAGAUUGGGAGUGAGCUUCGGCAUGACAGUGAUUUUGAAUUGUGUUCAACUUCUGCCGAUGAGUCCAAUAGCAGCGAAUAAAAUGAUAAACACAAAUUAGGUUACAAAAAUAUUAAUAUUUAUUUCUUAAGGUUUAUAACAAUUAACUGCCACUAGGGCAUCGGUGACAAUGUCCACCAAAUCAUUUAAUCUAGCAGAGUUUGUAUCAUUUGGUUGCAAGUUACUGUAGAGAUCUUGAUUUUCUUGAAUAAAUGCAAAAUGUUCCAUGUUUUCUGA